CGUACGGUAGUGUUUACGUCGUCAAUCAACAUAAUACACAGAGUGCGAAUGCUUUUCAUUAAACCCGCCGUGUUGAAUUUAAAAUUUUUAUUUUGAGCUGUAAUGGGGACUGAGCGGGGUUACAUCGUUGCCUCGCUCUCUUUAUGUUCCGUGUAUUUAGUCUAUGUUCACAUUUACCGUUCUUGGAAGUUGUUGAAAACGAACGUACUCAGCGACGAGAACGUGCCAGGUUUCGCGUAUCUUUACAUCAAAUAUGUGACGAAAGCCGUGACUCGGAGGACAGGAGUUUUGUACACCGCAACUACAAAGAAGCAUCAAGUUGUUUACACGGUCCUUAACUGCAGGCUGGAGACAUCCGUGUUGAGGAGGUUCUGCAGCGCUGCAGGAUAUGGUUGGGAUUAUCCAGACACAGAAUAUAGAGACAUCCCACUAUGCUUCCCUGAGAUUCUCUGCCGCAGACUGCUGCUUAUGGUGCUAACUGAUGAAAACUUCCGGCUCAGUCCAGCAGGUCUGGUUCGUGUGCGUCAGAGUUUGAAAACCCUUCAGCCAGUUGAUGAACUAAAGAAGGGUCCGUUCACGCUGCAGGUUCGAGUCCUGGAGUACCGGCAAAUAGACGCAGGGGUGGAAGUCGACAUCGGUCUGUCUGCCACGUCUCGUACCAGAAGCUCCGUGUGGGAGAGCGUCCUGACACUGCUGUCCAAAAACAAGCUCCGAAAAGCCGGCAGAUGCAUAUCCAAGAAUGAACGCCAACCGGAUGAGCCUGUGCCAGAAAAUGUGAAGCAGAUAGAGCUCAGAGUUCCCAGGACUACCGGCCUGCAGUGUGUAUGGUCCUUCUCAGACUACUCCCCCUAUUGGCUCCUCUCUCUACCGGCCCGUCUCUUCGGCUACAGGUCGCACACCGCACCCAGUCUCUGGAUGCUCUCUGUCUGCUUGGCUGAAAUAGAAAAGCACAAAGGGGUUGGAGUCAUCACAGCUCCCAUCAACGUCACUGCCCAGUUUGAGGAGCCUCUGUUUGUACCAGGCAGAGUGGCCAUCAAGUUUUGGGAAAAGACCAAAAAUAGGAGUCAGUCUCCUGCCCAAGGCCUCAGUUUUCAAUUGCAGCCACAUGGAAGCGACAUAUCUCACAUGAUGGGAUUGAUUUCUAGCAGUCCCUUUUGCCCCAUCUUAGUGGUUAAGGUGAUGCCCUUGAAAUGCAUUGGGGUCUCUCCUCACAGGUUCAAGUCCAGCACACAACGACCACUGGUGGAAACUACCUUUGCUGCGAGAGAUAGAUUCCAGACGGAGGAGAAAUCACUUUCACCAGCUGUACAGUUCACGGACACAUGCUGGCUCAUCCCACAUCUGCCAUGUGAUUUUCAUUACAGCAACUUGGGGAAGAGUUAGACUGUGGAAGCCUCAAGUGCGCCAAGGGAAAAAAUACAUGAAGAAGCAAGGAAAAGGCAACACUGCUGCCAGCAUCCCCCUCUCUUCCCCACCAGGGAGCAGCAGUGUGCAGGUCUACCAUGACUACCAGAGUGUGGCUUUUAAGAUGUAUCCUGGGAAUGGUCAUGCUUUAGAAAAUGGCUCUCACAACAGGAGAGACGGAGAUGGUACCGGCAAGAUGUCCUCUGUUCCAGACAUCAUCUCUGACAGCCAGGACCAGAUGUACAGGUACAGCAUGAGAGACGACAGCGUUGAAAGGAACUCCACAUCGAUGAUUGAUUCGAGCAGCCAGGCCUAUUCAGGGCCAGAGGACAACUCCACAGACCCACAUGAGGCCCUGACAGAGACUUCAACUCUGACCUUUGUGGAUGUCCACACCAUGGAGGAAUCAGCAGAGAACCACAGUCUCCACGGUGUGGCGAUGGUUUACCUCAAAGAGUUUGUGCUGAUAGAUGAUGAUGAUGAUGGAGACAUGUCGCUAAGAGAGAAAACAGUGACAGACUUGUCCGUCAUGGAUGGAAAAGCUGCUGACCUGGUGUGUGGGAGGCUGUUGUCCACCUCUAGUGGCUCAGUGUCAGAGUGUAAGGAGGAAUCUCUGGCUCCUGAAGCACCUCCGCCUGGGGAAGUUGAGACUGCACGUGGAAAGAAACGCUGCUGUUUCUGCACUGUUUUAUGACAAAGCAGCAGUUUUUUGUGUCCAAGAUCAGGACUGUAAAGCUGUCCAGGACUCUUUUCUGAUCACUCUGGCAAACCUUUACUACAUACUACUGGGUUUAUAUUGUAUGUGUGUUCCUGUUGAAAUGCAGAGCACAUUUAUAGGUAUGGUACUUACAUACUUUAGUGUGAUUUUGUUUUCAAAUUUCUUCUUUUACUCACAUUUUCCGGCACUGAUUUUACAGAGCCAUUAUUGUAAAUUAAAAAACAGCAUUCAAACAGCAUUCAAACACACAUAUUUUUUGUUUAUCUCAAAUGUCAGCAACUAAUGUGUUUUGUAACACUCAUUAUUUACGUAAUUAUGAAAUGUAUGUAUAAGAGCUGUAAUGCUUUCCAAUCAUUAAUUAUUUUUAAGUUUAACAAACAUACCUCUGAAGUCUAUUAUACAAUUGUGAUACUAAAAAAUGCAUGUUCCAGUAAUAUUUGAUAUUAAUAACAGACUUUGAGAUAGCUACACAGGUCUACAAAAAUCAGGUGCUAAUGACAAAUAAAGAAAUCUCCAACGACCAA